AAGCUAUCAGUGCCAUAAAGUUAUAUAGUUAUGUCAACAAUUUUUCAUACAGAGAAAUAAACUUGAACCAGCUUUGUAGCCAACAUUUUCGUGCAAAGAUUAAUCAAAGCAAUGGUGCUUUUAACUCUUCCUUCCUUGCUUCUACCAGUUCUUUUGUUCUUUCUGUUGCAGACACCUACCCUAUCCAUAAAAAAGUCAUUCAUAGUGUACUUAGGAGCACAUUCACAUGGCCCCGACCCCUCAUCCGUGGAUCUCGAUUCUGUGAGAAAAUUUCAUUAUGAUUUUCUGGGGUCUUUCUUGAGAAGCAAUAAGAGUGCCAAAGAUGUGAUCUUCUACUCCUACACUAGACAUAUUAAUGGUUUUGCUGCAAUUCUUGAAGAGGAAGAAGCUGCAGAUAUUGCAGAGCAUCCAAAUGUGAUAUCGGUUUUCUUAAACAAGGGAAGCAAACUGGAAACAACUAGAUCAUGGAAUUUUCUUGGAUUGGAGAGAAAUGGACUAAUUCCUUCAUACUCCAUUUGGAUGAAGGCAAGGUUGGGAGAAGAUACAAUAAUUGCAAACAUAGAUACUGGUGUUUGGCCAGAAUCAAAAAGCUUUAGUGAUGAAGGGUUGGGACCCGUCCCUUCAAAGUGGCGUGGAAUUUGUCAACAUGAUACAAAGCGAGUUCGUUGUAACAGAAAGCUGAUUGGGACAAGGUACUUUAACAAUGGUCUUGCCAUGUAUGCUGGCCCUCUCAAUUCCUCCUUUUCCACCGCUCGUGACUAUGAUGGCCAUGGAUCCCACACCCUUGCCACGGCUGCUGGCAACUUUGUUCCCGGAGUAAGUGUUUUUGGAAAUGGCAAUGGAACUGCCAAAGGUGGAUCGCCUCGAGCCCGCGUUGCUGCGUAUAAGGUAUGCUGGGCACCAUAUGAAGGUGUCCAGUGCUUUGAUGCAGACGUAUUAGCUGCCUUUGAUGCUGCAAUAAGUGAUGGAGUCGAUAUAAUCUCUGUGUCUCUUGGUGGAGGAGCACAAGAAUUUUUUAAAAAUUCAAUUUCAAUAGGGGCCUUCCAUGCAGUUAAGCAUGGCAUUGUUGUGGUUAGUGCAGCUGGCAAUUCAGGACCAAAUCCAGGGACAGUGUUAAAUCUGUCGCCCUGGUUAUUAACAGUUGGUGCUGGCACGAUCGAUCGGGAGUUCACAAGUUAUGUCUCUCUUGGAAACAAGAAGCAUUUGAAGGGAGUUAGCCUUUCAGCUAAAGGCUUGCCAUCGGAAAAGUUCUACCCAUUGGUCAGCGCAGCAGAAGCGAAACAUGCUAAUGCAUCCACCGCAGAAGCAAUAAUUUGCCAGGGUGGAACCCUUGAUCCUAGGAAGGUGAAAGGAAAGAUCUUGGUUUGCCUUCAAGAAUAUAACGAUAAUGCAAGAACUGAGAAGAGCUGGCAGGCUGAUAUGGCAGGUGCUGUAGGAAUGAUCUUGGUUAAUGAUGAGCAAAGUGGAAAUGAUGUUGUAGCCGAUCCUCAUGUGCUCCUUGUUUCACAUGUCAACUACACUGACGGCAAAUAUAUCUUUGAUUACAUUAAAUCUACCAAAACCCCUAUGGCUUACUUAACUCGAGUCAAGACUGAAUUUGGAUCAAAGCCAGCUCCAUUUGUGGCUACAUUUUCAUCUAGGGGGCCUAACCUCCUGGAACAGGGAAUCUUAAAGCCUGAUAUCAUUGCACCAGGGGUGAGCAUAAUUGCUGCUUAUACUGAAGCAGCAGGGCCAACUUCUCAAAUUUCCGAUACUCGCCGGGUUCCUUUUAAUGUGCAAACUGGGAGUUCAAUGGCAUGCCCUCAUGCAUCUGGAAUUGCAGGGCUUCUCAGGACACUCCACCCUGAUUGGAGUCCGGCAGCUAUUAAAUCUGCAAUCAUGACCACUGCUACAACAGAGGAUGACAGCAUGGAACCAAUACCUGAUGACUCUUCUUAUGUGAAGGCAACACCAUUUGCUUAUGGCUCAGGACACAUUCAACCAAACAAAGCAAUGGAUCCGGGACUAGUUUACAACCUAACAACGCUAGAUUACUUGAACUUCUUAUGCGCUCGCGGAUAUAACGAAACCAUGAUCAAAUCAUUCUCCAACUCAAUUUACAAGUGUUCCAAGUCAUUCAGCCUAGCAGACUUCAACUACCCUUCAAUUUCAGUUCCUAAUCUCAGUGAAGACUCAGUGACCAUAAACAGAAAAGUUACAAAUGUUGGUUCUCCCGGCACAUACAAAGUGCAUGUCAAGGAGCCAUCAGAAGUAGAAGUUUUGGUUAAACCUAGAAGAUUAAAAUUUAAGAGAAUUGGUGAAGUGAAGAUGUUCAAGGUUAUAUUGAAAGCUAAGGUUAAGGGUAAGCCUCAAGGGUAUGUAUUUGGAGAGUUGAUAUGGUCAGAUGGCAGUCACUAUGUAAAGAGCCCUCUUGCAGUGAAGCACUAUUAGAAUUUGGCCGUGUUUGCAUUCAACUUUAGAUUGAUUGUCAGCUUAAGUUCGUGCCGAUAAGCGAAUAAAAAGAUGAAACAAAUUUUCUUAAUUGGUUA